AUGUUUCAGAUGUGGCUGGCACUCCUAGCUAUCGUGCUAGUAGUCUGCUUACUACUGUACCUCGACACUAUCAAACCCAAGAACUUCCCCCCUGGGCCAAGGUGGCUGCCCAUUGUCGGCAGCGCUAUCGAAGUUUCCAAAGUGCGGGAGAAACAUGGCUAUUUAUAUAAAGCAGUUGAUGCCCUAUCCAGGAAAUACUCCAAAGACGGCGGCAUUGUUGGCAUUAGGAUUGGCAAAGACAAGAUCGUCAUGAUAAACAGCCUGGAGAUUAACAAAGAGAUGUUUACUAAUGAAGAUAUGGAAGGGAGACCUAAGGGUAUUUUCUAUCAGACUAGAACGUGGGGUCAAAGGAGAGGCGUUUUACUCACAGAUGGAGAUCUGUGGAAAGAACAGAGAAGGUUUCUGCUGAAGCACCUGAGAGAAUUCGGGUUCGGUAGACGGGGAAUGGGAGACAUUGCCUGUCAUGAAGCUACAUUCAUGAUAAGAGAUGUAGAGAAUAUAUUGAAGACUAAAGAACCGCCGGUCGUGUACAUGCACAACUUUUUCAAUACGUACAUACUAAACACACUGUGGUACAUGAUGGCUGGGAUAAGAUACAAUCCGACAGAGCCUCAGAUGAUAUUGCUACAAGACCUAUUGUUUGAUUUGUUCGCUGCUAUCGAUAUGGUCGGUACAGCUUUCAGCCAUUUUCCUAUAUUAUGCGUUUUAGCUCCAACGAAAUCCGGGUUCAAAGAUUUUGUCAGAACUCAUCAAAGAGUUUGGAGGUUUCUCAGAGAAGAAAUUUCAAGACAUAAGGAAAAUUUUGAUCCAGAAAAGGAAGAUAAAGAUUUUAUGGAUGUUUAUUUAAGAGUUUUAAAAGACCAUGGAGAAGUGGAUACGUAUUCUGAAGACCAGCUGUUGGCUAUAUGCAUGGACAUGUUUAUGGCUGGUACGGAGACUACGAAUAAGAGCAUGAGUUUUGGGUUCAGUUAUAUGGUCAGAGACCCUACAAUCCAGAAAAAAGCCCAGGAGGAAAUUGACAGGGUGGUUGGCAGAGAUCGAGCGCCGAAUUUAGAUGAUCGUGAUAAUAUGCCGUAUUGUUCUGGGAUCGUGUAUGAGAGCAUACGACAUUUCAUGGCUCGUACAUUCAGCGUGCCCCAUCGUGCUACUAAGGACACGAAGCUGGCGGGCUACGACAUACCUGAAGACACCAUGGUAGUUAACAACUUCACAAGAGUUCUCAUGGACGAAGAUCUCUACCCGGACCCCAUGGAGUUCAAACCUGAACGCUUCAUAGUGGACGGCGCUAUUAAACUACCCGACCAUUACUUCCCUUUCGGACUCGGUAAACACAGAUGCUUAGGCGACGUGCUGUCGAAAUGCAACAUCUUCAUAUUUACAACGACGAUUUUGCAAAAGUUCACAUUUUUGCCGGUAGACGGAGAAUUGCCAUCGUUGAGACAUGUAGAUGGCGCCACUGCGUCGGCGGCACCGUUCAAAGCACUGAUUGUACCUAGAAACUAG